UCACAGUACAAGCAAGCCAUCCAGUAACAAAGAGGGUGAAUCAAGGACUUGGUCUGGAGAUGCAACACGAGGAACAGGCUUUGGAUAUACUGACAUGGAAAGCAAUGUCACCAUCACAAUGGAUACAGAGGAAGAGAUUCAGAAACGAGACAAACAGAACAUCAAGGACCGACCGGAAUGGAUGGUUAAGAGCACAGUACAAACCACACCUUCCAGUGAUGUUAUAGAUUUGCCUGACCGAAUGGAUAUUGCUGGGCCAUCUGGAGUGGAGCCUCCUAAACACCCAAAUACCAAUGAGAUAGAGACUUUGUUGAUUAUACACGAGAAGAAAAGACGUGGUCCUCCCUUACCUGGGGCUUCAGGGAUCCAAGGACCCGACAGCAACAGUUCAAGUAGUGACUCUGAAGAUGAGAGAACCAAUAAACCAAAACCAGCAGCAGCAUCAGUGGAGGAGAUGGAAAGCGAUGAAGAAGAAUCCAUCCCAAUGGUUAAUGUUGAUGGUGAACCAGUUCCUUAUCAUGAGGUCACAGAUGAUAUGGUGGCCAAGAUGUCUGCUGUAGAGAAGGAGGAAUAUAUUCGAAUAGGACAGGAGAUGUACCAGGACAUGUAUGAGUGAUGUCUGGUCAGUCAAGGACAGGAGAUAUACCAAGACAUAUAUAUGAGUGAGGUCUGUGGUCAGUCAAGGACAGUAUGUGUACUAGGACGUGUAUGAGUGAUGGCUGGUCAGUCAAGGACAGGAGAUAUACCAAGACAUAUAUAUGAGUGAGGUCUGUGGUCAGUCCAGGACAGUAUAUGUACUAGGACUUGUAUGAGUGAUGUCUGUGGUCAGUCAAGGACAGGAGAUAUACUAAGACAUAUAUAUAAGUGAGGUCACUGGUCAGUCCAGGACAGUAUGUGUACUAGGACAUGUAUGAGUGAUGCCUGUGGUCAGUCAAUGACAGGAGAUAUACCAAGACAUAUAUAUGAAUGAUGUCUGUGGUCAGUCAAGGACAGUAUGUGUACUAGGACGUGUAUGAGUGAUGCCUGUGGUCAGUCAAGGACAGGAGAUAUACCAAGACAUAUAUAUGAGUGAGGUCUGGUCAGUCCAGGACAGUGUAUACGUAUGUACAGGGACAUGUAUGAGUGAUGCCUGUGGUCAGUCAAUGACAGGAGAUAUACCAAGACAUAUAUAUGAGUGAGGUCUGUGGUCAGUCCAGGACAGUAUGUAUACUAGGACGUAUAUGAGUGAUGUCUGUGGUCAGUCAAGGACAGGAGAUAUACCAAGACAUAUAUAUGAGUGAGGUCUGUGGUCAGUCCAGGACAGUGUAUGUACAGGGACAUGUAUGAGUGAUGUAUGUGUACAGUUCACUCUAGGACAGGAUAUGUGUGAUAGGAAGUAGUGUUUUGUAAAGUGAAUUUUCACUUGGUAAAUAAUUAUGUAGAGCGAUUGACUUAAAAUGUCUUGUAAACAUUUUAUUGUUGAAAAGAAAUCAAUUAGAAUAUAUAUGCCCUAUAAAAUCCAAAAUGCCAACAUCAUUUUGACCUAAAGAUAUGCACAUAUUGUGAAUUAUAUAAAUUUGUACACUGUAUAUUGUGUAUUAUGCUAAAAUCUGAAGUGCUGAUCACUUACUGGUAUAUUCUAUGUGUACACAAAAAAUAUCAGGCAAAAGUUAUAAGCGUCCUUCUUAGUCACAUUCAUCAGACAGUGGGUUGUUAAAAUCGCUCUGCAUCUGUGGUCCAUCCUUAAUCUUGUUACAGCUAUUUCUUGAGAUGUACUGGGUGGAUCUUCCUCAAAUUUCAUAUGUAGGUUUCCCUUAGUUUCUGUUCAUUUUUGAGACUGAUCUGGAAAGCGAAAUGUCGUACACGCAGCCAUCUUUGAUAUUGACAGUUGAAUAUUGUUUUUUUCUUGAGAAGUUAAAGAAAGUUUUGUCUGAAAAUUGAUGUGUAGAUUCCCCCUUGGUCCAUAGUUGUGUCCAUUCAAUUUUUAGUCUGAUCUGGAAAACAAAAUGGCCAGCAGGUAACCAUCUUGAAUAUUUCCACAAUUGAAGUUUGUUUUCACUAUUUCUGAAACUUUAGGACCAGAUUCAUCUCAAUCAGUAGUUGUGCCCAUUCAAUUUUGUUUUAGGAUGACAAAAUGGCUGACAAGCAGCCAUGUUGGAUUUUGAUUGUUGAAGAUAGAUAUUGCUAUUUUAUGAGGUCAUUUGACCCAAAGGGUCAGGAUGACCUAUAUCCAUCGUGUUUCGUCAGUCGUCGUGCGCCAUCUGCCGUCCCUAAGACUUUUAAGGUCAUCUGACCCAAAGGGUCAGGAUGACCUUAGCCAUUGUGCUCCGUCCGCAGCCGUCCGCCGUGCGUAAAACUUUUUAUUUCAAAACGCUACUCCUCCUUAACCCUUGGCUGGAUCACUACCAAAUUUAGUGUGAAACAUCAUUGGGUAGGACAAUUAUAUUUUUAGAUCAUCUGACCCAAAAGGUCAGGAUGACCUAUAACCAUCGUGUUUCCGUCCGUCGUCGUGCGCCAUCCCCGCGUGCAUAAACUUUUCCAUUCAAAACCCUACUCCUCCUUAACCCCAAGGCUGAUUACUUCCAAAUUUAAUAUUAAGCGUCAUUGGGUGAGGGCAAUCAUAUUUUAUAUAAAUGAGACUGGUCUGACCCCUGGGGCCAGAGGGGUGGGCCCCCAAAAGGGAACUUAGACAAAAUUUUGCUUUAAAACCUACUCUUCUUGAACCUUUCAGUGGAUUACAACCAAAUUUGGUUUGAAAAAUAAUAAGCGGAUGGCAAUCAAAAUAAUUUAUAUACAUGAGGCUUGUAGGACCCCUGGGGACAAGGCCGAGGCCCCAAAAGGGGAAUUUAGCCAAAAUUUUGCUUUAAAAUGCUACUCCUCCUUUAUGCCUUAAUUGAUAUUACAACCAUAUGCCUAUUUAAUAUGAUACAUCAUUGGGGAAGGGCAAUCCUAAUUGAUAUAAAUGAGGGUGGUCCGACCCAUGAAGACAGAUGGGCAUGGCCCAAAAAUGGGAACUUAUUGACUUAAAUUUUGCUUUACUAAGUAAGAUGCUGCUCCUCUUUUAAGCCUAAGCAAAAUGGAUAAAAACCAAAUUUUAUCUGAAAUAUAACUGGCUGCGAAUAGACAAUUUAUGGUAAUGAUGCUGGAUUAAGGGGUGUGUCCCUGCUGUAAGUGUUUGUCAGAUGACCGUUUAGGCCCAUGGGCCUCUUGUUUCUUGUGAAAUACUGGAGGGACAUUUGUUAAACCACAUUAUUAGCCCACCAUCUGAUGAUGGGCUUUUCAGAUCGCUAUGCAGCCAUAAACAAUCCUUGUUAUCGCUAUUUCUUGAUAAGUACGUAUACUGAAGGGAUAUUUCUCAAACUGCAUGUAUAGAUUCUCAUUGGUCCCUAGUUGUGCCAAUUCAAUUUAAAUUUGUUCUGGGGAAAAAUGACUGACAGGUGGCAAUCUUGGAUUUUGAUAAUUGAGGUUGUUAUAGCUUUUUCUUGAAAACCUUGAAGAAUAUUUCUCAAAUGUGAUGAGUAGGUUCCUCUUGGUCCCUUGUUGAGCUAAUUCAGUUUAGGUUUUUGAUCAGAAAAACAAUAACUUUAUUCUUGAAAAGAACUGAAGGGAUGUUUUUCAAGGAUAAAGAAGGGAAAAGUAAAGAGAAGAUCAAUCUGACAUGAAACGAAUAAAGAUCAUUCAAUGGUGGGCGCCAAGAUCCCUCUAGAUAUCUUCUUAGUCCCUAGUUGUGCAUUCAGUUUUGAACGUAAUCAGGUAAACAAAAUGGCCGACAGGUAGCCACCGUUGAUUUUGAUAUUUGAAGAUUUUUAGGUCACCUGAGACAAAGUCUCAAGUGACCUAUUCUAAUCGCCUUUUGUCCAUUGUCGUCUGUCGUCCGUCCGUAAACAAUUUACAUUUUUCGACUUAUUCUCCAAAACCGCUUAACCAAAAUCAAUGAAAUUUUGCAGAAAGCUUCUAUGGCUGAAGGUCAACCAAAAUUGUGAAUUAUAUGGUCCCCACCCCCAGGGGCCUGACAGGGGAUGACAGCUUAAUGAUAUGCACAUGUUGGCCCUGACUGACCCCUUGGACUGAUGGGUGGGGCCAAAAAGUGUCAAUAAGAUUAACUGAAAUAUUUCAAAUCUCAGGUGACCGAUUUUUUGGCAGAUCUGGAAAUCAAAAUGGCGGACAGGUUGUCAUCUUGGAUUUUGACAGUUGAAAUUUGUUAUCAUUAUAUUUCAGAAGUUCUUUUGUAUCUUUCUUAGACUUCAUAUGAAGGUUUCCCAUGGGAAAAGGAGGGAAAAGAUCAGUCUUUCAUUUUGACCGAUCCAGAUCAUUAUUUUUUUCUACUGUUAUGAUUGAUAAUUGUGUUGUGCAUUGAGGAUGUUGAUCAAGAGUGAUAUAUGUCAUAGAGUUGAUUAAUAUAAAACAGACUAUCGUGUAUUGUAAACAACAUGGUUUUGUAUUUAUCUCUUCAUAUUUAUAUCAUUUAGUGGUAAAUAAAAUAAAGAAGUAUUUA